AUGCCCCCAAAACGUUCUUCUCGUAAAAACAACCACCACCACCAUUCGGAUGAUGACGGUGGUAAGCCUAAUGAUCAUUUUGAAGAAGAACAACAACAACUCGCUAAUUUUGCACCUCCUCCGAGAAAUCGAUUCUCUCAUGCUGUUCAACAACAAGCCUCUUCUCAACCCAAUCAUGGUGUCGGAGCAAACCAUGUGAGUGUUGGUCUUCAUUCAAAUCCACAAUGGUGCGCUUUUAAAAUUGGAGAUAAAUCAGAAAGUGAUGUAGAAAGAGUCAUGAUUGCCUAUUUAGAAAAAUAUCAUGUACAGGAUAUUCGUGAUAUUUUAUGUCCUCCUCUCACUCUUACCAAUGAUGAUACCAUUCAUUAUAGUGUAUUUAUAGAUGUUCUUCAUUUCAUGUCUGCCAACAUUGAAAUUGGAUCUCUUUUAAUUUCAUAUCCAUUUGAAUUAAUUCCAAUAUUUGAAAGAGCCUUAAUCAAAGCUCAACAACGAUAUAUUGACAAACAAGAAGUGAUGAAAGAUCAAUUUAAACUUAAAUUACUCGUACAUGUUCGUUUGCAUACUCUUCCACAAUGUAAUGAAGUGACAAAAACAUCUGUGAGUUCAGUGAGAAGUUGUGAUACUAACCGAUUGAUAUCUGUGAGUGGAACUGUCAUAAAAACAGGUCCAAUUAAAAUGUUAGAAUUCAAAAAGGUCUAUAUUUGUAGAAAAUGUAAAAAACCAUUUGAAAUUAUAGCAGAUCGAGAACAAUAUAAUAUGAUUGUAAAACCAACACAAUGUCCAGUUGAAGAUUGUGGUGGAAAAUCAUUUACAUCUAGAGAUGAAGAGAUUGUAUGCAGAGAUUAUCAAGAAAUUAAGAUUCAAGACAAAAUUUCACAACUUCAUGUUGGAAGUAUACCGAGAUCAAUUCUCGUUGUUUUAGAAGAUGAUUUAGUAGAUGUUGUAAAAGCAGGAGAUGAUAUUAUUAUUACAGGUGUUCCCUAUCGUCGAUGGAAAACUCUUAAAAAUGAUGUUCGUUGUUCCAUUGAUAUGGCCAUUUGGUGUAAUCAUAUUCGAAUCAGUAAUGAAAAGAAGAGUAGUGCCAUGAAUGUCACUGAGGAGAUUAAAUCUGAAUUUAAACAUUUUUGGCAAGAGUAUCAUGAAAAACCAUUGGCUGGUAGAAAUUUAAUCUUGAAGAGCAUGUGUCCUCAAUUGUAUGGACUGUAUUUUGUGAAAUUGGCUGUGGCAUUGACCAUCAUUGGAGGAGUACCUAUGAAGAAGAAUAACACACGUAUUCGAGGAGAGUCUCAUUUAUUGAUUGUUGGUGAUCCUGGAACUGGAAAGAGUCAAUUUCUGAAAUAUGCUUCUAAACUCAGUCCUCGUUAUGUCAUGACGAAUGGAAUUGGAACUACGAGUGCGGGAUUGACUGUGAUGGCCACCAAAGAAUCAGGUGGAGAUUGGACUCUGGAAGCGGGUGCUCUCGUUCUCGCUGAUGGUGGUGUCUGUUGUAUUGAUGAAUUUGAUUCCAUUCGAGAUCAUGAUCGUGCCACCAUUCAUGAAGCUAUGGAACAACAAACACUCAGUAUUGCCAAAGCAGGUCUUGUUUGUAAAUUAAAUACUCGAACCACUGUACUUGCAGCAUGUAAUCCAAAAGGAAAGUAUGAUUUGGGUGCUAGUUUGAGUGUGAAUUGUGCAUUGGCAAGUCCAUUACUCUCUCGUUUUGAUAUUGUACUCGUAUUAUUGGAUACACAAGAUGAAGAAUGGGAUUAUCGAGUGAGUUCUUUUAUUUUAAAUGAACAAGAAAUGGAAGAAGAAGAUUCUCAAUUGUGGUCUUUUGAUAAAUUGAGAGCAUACAUUUCAUUUGUCAAAUCAGAAUAUCAUCCCCAAUUGACACCUGAAAGUGGACGUAUUUUAACAGAAUAUUAUCGAUUGCAAAGAAGAGCAGAUCGAAGAGUGGCAGCACGUACGACCAUUCGUUUAUUGGAGAGUUUAGUUCGACUCGCACAAGCACAUGCACGUCUCAUGUGUCGUCAUGAAGUGACUCUUCAAGAUGCAAUCAUGUCUGUUUUGACUGUGGAUAUUUCAUCGAAUACUUCUUCUCUAUUGAAUGUGGAAUCUGUAUUGCAUUCUAAUUUUCCAUUGGAUCCAGAUGAGGAUUAUUCGAAUUAUAUUCAAUUGGUAUUGUACAAGUUGGGAAUUCAACAGGAAUUACCAAAUGUACCAUCAUCAACAACAACGACGAGAAAAAGACAUUCAUCUAAGCGUUUAAGUGAUGGAGGUGAUGAUGUUGGAAAUAAUGAUUCUGGUAUUCAUGAUGGUGAUAGAAAUAGCUUACAAAAACAACAAUUAGUAGAUACUACCACUGAGGAUGAUCCUCAGUACACUCGGACAAGAGAAUUACUCAUUGAUGAUGAUGAUGACAACGAAGAGAAUGUCUUUAAUUUUCAAGAAGAUGACACCACCAUGAAUGAUUUGGAAGAUACUUGUCAUUCAAAAGUGAUGAGAAGAACCUCACUUCAAACAAAGAGAAAGUUAGAACAAAUGAAAGAAAUGAAUUCAACAAACAACUCACAAUUCACAAUGUCAACAACUCCUACUGAGGAGAAUGAUUAUCAACCUAAAAAGAAGAAAUCACUCAUUAUUACUUCUGAAGAGUUGGACAAUGCAGAAAAAGACAUUCAAAAAACACCUUCCUUAUCCAAUACCACCAUUGAAAGUAAUUUUAGACGUCAUCUCGAACAAAGACAAGGAGUCAUGAGAAGAUUGGAGUUUAACAACAGUGACACUCUGUUGAUAGAUACAAGUGAUGACCAUGAUCAGAAGGAACAGAUUGAGAGGUUGAACAAUGAGAACACUGCAAGACAACUCCCUGGUCAACACAGCACUACUGCAAUGCCACAACUUUUACAAGUGCAGCAACAUCAACCUUCAGCGCUGAACUCAAAGACUUUAUUACCACAAGUGCAGCAAGCUCCUCCAAAACAAACUCAAUCGAUGGAGGUGGUUGGAACCAGAGCGUCAAAAUCCCUUUUACCAACAUCAACUAACUCGAACAACCAAACUACGACGACCACAAGUGCAACUACCAACACGACAACAAAUACUGAAACAAACCUCACUACUACCACAGCAACCAACGCUACAAGCACCACAACCAACAAAAGGCGAGGAUUUCUCUCCACCCUUCUUUCAAAAGGAGCUCCAAGCACCACCAACAACUCUGUCACUAACGAUAGAAAUUCAAAAGAUGUCCCUUCAAAAUCCACCACAGUAAUUACUGCUGACUCGCGACAUCAGUAUGAUCAGAACAUUGAGGAAACAUCUUUUGAAUUCCCGUCACUAUUACUUGGCGUAGAUGAUGAUGGCCUUUUAUUAGGAUCAACUCCAGAGAAACCUCACCAUCACCAGCAGCAGCAUUUAUCGAAAGCUGCAGGCAAAAGACUGCUUGAAGAUAAUGAUGACGAAUUGGAUUCCAUGAUAUAA